AUGCUAACCUCGCAAUCAUUUCGAGAACGUCAGCUUCUCACUGAAUUCGCCACCCUCCGUACAGCUCCAAUCCCAGGCGUCUACCUAACCCCCCACCCUACCACCCCCACAACCUGGUACGGCGUAAUCUUCCUACACUCCUCCAAAAACCUCUACUCCAACCUCCCAAUCCGAUUCACCAUCACUUUUCCCACAAAGUACCCCGAAGUCCCGCCAUUCGUCGUCUUGCACGCCACAUCAUCCGGUAGUGAUGAUUUGGACAGGAAUUGGAAUGGUAACGGAGGAGUUGUUAUUCAUCCCUUGGUUAGCAGAGGGGGGAUUAUCAAUAACAGGGGCUUUGGGGGGGUGGGUGGGUAUGCGGCUGCCCAUACUGGGGCUGUGAAUUUGAGAGAUUGUUUUGGAGGGUGGUUUGAACCUAGAGGGACGGUUACAGUUAGUGGGAAGAAAGGGUUUGGGAGUAUUGGGAGAAAAGGUGGGGUUAAGCUUGUUAGUACUGUUGUUACUAGCCCCAUUUCUCCGAAUUUUUCGUUUGGAGGAGGAAGUGGGAGUGGUGGUGGGGGAAGUGGGAGUGCAGGGAAUGGGGAGAAAGAAAGAAGGAGCGUGUAUUUUCCGAAGGGCACGUCGCCGAUUGAAGUGAUAUUUUGGGUUAGGAGUAUAUUUACGGAUAAGUAUUUGGAGGGCUUGGAAAGACGGUUUGAGGAGGAGAAGAAGGGGGUGCCGAAUACGCCGAUUAGCCCGGAGGUUAGGACUCCUGUUGGUAGUGGUAGCGGAAGUGGACUGGGGAACGAAGCGGCGGUGAUUGUUGAUGAUGAGGCGUGGAAUUUGUGGAAGAAUGAUAGGGAGGAACUUAGGAGACGGGUGGAUGAGGUUAGGAGGACUGGAUUAGAGGAAGGAGGGGUUUAUCAGGAGUGGGAGGGGAGUGUAGGGGCUGGAGGGGAUGUGCCGAUUCGAUUUUUGGACCUGGAGAGGGCAGCGUUGGAUACUAUUAAGGAGAACCUAGGGAGGAGGUUUGAAGGGGUGGAGGGGUGA